GUAGAUAAAUUAUUGGGGAAAAAAAAAAUCUGGGAUACUACAAAGAAAAUGGAAACACAAGCCGAAAGUAAUUCAGGCGAUGACAUUUCCGCCAUUAAAGAACUUCGUCAACAGCUCGAAAAUCGCAUUGAAAUUCGUCACAAGGAACAAGAAAACCUAAUUUCUUCACUCCAAACCCUAGUUCCUGACCUCGUUUGUUCCCUAAAUCUCUCUCUUCAAGUUAUCUCCACCUUCAAUGGCCGUUCUUUUACUCCUCUUACUCCAAACCCUAACCCUAACCCUAACCCUAACACUCCUCGUUCUCUCCACCUUAAAAAAGCUACCUUUACCAAGCAACAGCCUCCUUCGUCUACCAAAAGAGUCGCAAAAUUAGAAUCUAGAACUUUCCGAACUGAUGAGGAAAGCUCUGGGAAUCCGAUGUUGGUGGUACGGUCAAUGGUUGCGGCCUGUUUACUCGAAAGAGUUCCUUUUAGUCCAAUUGAUUCGUCGACGGUGCUACGGAAGUUGGAAAAUGAUGAAUCGAUAAGGACGAAUGAAAAGCAGGCUCUUCAAGAUGUUGGGGGUGAAUCUGGAGCAAUUUUAGCCGUUGAAAUGGGUUUGAGAUCAAUGGGAGAGGAUAAUGGAAGUGUUGAAUUGGAGGAGUUUGUUGUGAGUGGAAAAUCUAGGGUUAUGGUGAUGAAUAUUGAUCGUAUGAAGCUUACGAAAGAGUUGCCUGAGAGUAAUAUUAGGGUUUCCGAUGUUACUAGUAACAAGGUUUAUGAGUCGGAGGCCAAUGGGGCGGGUAUGGCGGUGAUGCCAAGAGGUGGAAUUCAAGAGGUGUGGAACAUCGGGCCUGGGGAUCCACAUAUGCAGGGGAUGCCACCAAUGUUUCCUGGGCCGAUGAUGGGCGGGCCUAGAGGUGGUCCUGGUCCUAGAGGAAUGGGAAUGAUGGGGAUGCAUAGAGGGAUGGGCAUGCCACCUCAUCAUAGGCCACCUCCCUUUGGAUCAAAUGGUUCAAUUGGUGUGCUGAAUGCGGGUGUACCUGUUAAGCAGACAUCGGAGGAAGAUGUUAUGAAGGAUCUUGAGGCGUUGUUGAAUAAGAAGUCUUUUAAGGAAAUGCAAAAGUCUAAGACUGGUGAGGAGUUACUUGACCUUAUUCAUCGACCGACUGCCAGAGAAACCAUGGUAGCCGCAAAGUUUAAGACAAAAGGUGGGCCGCAACUGAAGGAGUAUUGUGCAGCUUUGACAAAAGAGGAUUGUCGACAUAAAUCUGGAUCAUACAUAGCAUGUGAGAAGGUUCAUUUCCGGCGAAUUAUUGCCCCACAUACAGAUAUCAAUUUAGGAGAUUGCUCUUUUCUUGAUACAUGCCGUCACAUGAAGACAUGCAAGUACGUUCAUUAUGAACUUGAUCCAACUCCUGAUGUGUCACCAAUGAUGGGAACUGUAGCUCUUCCUCCAUCCAGACCAUUAAAGGCUCAGAGAGCACAUUAUUGUUCAGAAGUGGAACUUGGUGAACCACAGUGGAUAAAUUGUGACAUCCGGAAUUUCAGAAUGGACAUCUUGGGACAAUUUGGGGUUAUUAUGGCUGAUCCACCAUGGGAUAUUCAUAUGGAAUUGCCAUAUGGGACAAUGGGGGAUGAAGAAAUGCGAACUCUUAAUGUCCCUGCAUUGCAGACUGAUGGUCUUAUAUUCCUAUGGGUUACUGGACGCGCAAUGGAACUUGGUCGAGAAUGUUUGGAAUCGUGGGGUUAUAAACGUGUUGAAGAGAUCAUUUGGGUGAAGACUAAUCAACUUCAGAGGAUUAUUAGAACUGGACGCACAGGUCAUUGGCUCAACCACAGCAAAGAGCAUUGCCUUGUUGGCAUAAAAGGAAACCCUGAGGUCAACAGGAAUAUUGACACCGAUGUAAUUGUAGCAGAAGUUCGGGAGACUAGUCGUAAACCAGAUGAGAUGUAUCCUUUGCUUGAGAGGAUAAGUCCGAGGACUAGGAAGCUGGAACUUUUUGCUCGUAUGCAUAAUACACAUGCAGGGUGGUUGUCACUUGGAAAUCAACUCAAUGGAGUCCGCUUGGUAGAUGAGGGACUAAGGGGCAGGUUUAAAGCUGCAUAUCCAGACAUUGAGAUUCAACCACCAUCACCUCCAAGGAGCUCCGCUAUGGAGGUAGACGGUAGUGGCCCUGAAGUGACAACCCCAUUCUCAGGGCCAGAAACCAAAUUUGUGCCACAAUCAUUCACUCAGGCUGCUACUGCAGAAGCAGCUUUUGUUGCAGAAGAGAAGCCUCUGGGAAGUCAAGAUGUUGAGAUGGUAAAAGCUGGUUAGUCGCAUCCAUACUGUUGUAGUAUUUCGGGAUUGGAGUUGCAUGUCCAUCUGUUACUUAAUAGAACUCGUAAUUAGGAAAAGUACAAGCGACGCCUGGAAAUUAAUGGCUUUGAGUUUAAUUAUUUAGAAAUGUUACUUAGAUCUACAUAUUACUAGAUUUUUGAGAUAUUUUGUUGAGGUCAUAUAUCCUGUAAAAUUAGCUCUUAAUUACUUUGAAGAUGUUGGAGUACAAUUGUAUUUGAUGGUAAAAAGAAUAAUUCAUCUUAGGAAUGCAAGUUUUAUUUUGGAUAA